GCGCUGCUGCCGGGCAUGUCCGGCGCGCCGGAGCCCGCAGCCCCCGGCUCCUUCCAGAGCCCCCGCAAGCUCCCGAAGCGCAAGAGCCGCUUCAAGCGCUCGGACGGCAGCACCUCGUCCGACACCACCUCCAGCAUCCUCCGGCGGCAGGGCUCAGCGGAUUCCUACACCAGCCGCCCGUCCCUGGACUCCGACGUGUCCCUCGAGGAGGACCGCGAGAGCGCCCGGCGCGAGGUGGAGAGCCAGGCCCAGCAGCAGCUCGAGCGGGCCAAGCACAAGCCGGUAGCCUUCGCCGUGCGCACCAAUGUCAGCUACUGCGGGGCGCUGGACGAGGAGUGCCCGGUGCAGGGAGCCGCCAUCAACUUCGAAGCCAAAGAUUUCCUGCACAUCAAGGAGAAAUACAGCAAUGACUGGUGGAUCGGGCGCCUAGUGAAGGAGGGGGGGGACAUCGCCUUCAUCCCCAGCCCCCAGCGCCUGGAAGCCAUGAGGCUCAAGCAGGAGCAGAAAGCCAGGAGAGCUGGCAACGCCUCGGGCCUCGGCGACAGCGGGAGCCGGCGAUCGCCUCCCCCUUCCCUAGCCAAGCAGAAGCAGAAGCAGACGCAGCACAUCCCGCCCUACGACGUGGUCCCCUCCAUGCGGCCCGUGGUGCUGGUGGGACCCUCGCUCAAAGGAUACGAGGUCACCGACAUGAUGCAGAAAGCCCUCUUCGACUUCCUCAAGCACAGAUUCGAUGGCAGGAUCUCCAUCACCCACAUCACGGCUGACCUCUCCCUCGCCAAGCGCUCCAUCCUCAACAACCUGGGCAAGCAAGCCAUCCUGGAGCGCUCCACCACCCGCUCCAGCAUCGCCGAGGUGCAGAGUGAGAUCGAGCGCAUCUUUGAGUUGGCCAAGUCCCUUCAGCUGGUGGUGCUGGAUGCUGACACCAUCAACCAUCCGGCCCAGCUGGCCAAGACCUCGCUGGCGCCCAUCAUCGUCUACGUCAAGGUGUCCUCACCCAAAGUCCUGCAGCGGCUCAUCAAGUCCCGCGGCAAGUCCCAGGUGAAGCACCUCAACGUGCAGAUGAUGGCAGCUGACAAGCUGGUGCAGUGUCCCCCGGAGCUCUUUGAUGUGAUCCUGGAUGAGAACCAGCUGGAGGACGCCUGCGAGCACCUGGCCGAGUACCUGGAGGUGUACUGGCGGGCAACACACCACCCCUUGCACGCGCCGCACGCUGUGCCCUCGCCCACCAGCAUCCCGGGCCUGCAGAGCCAGCAGCUGCUGGGGGAGCGGGGCGGCGAGCACUCGCCGCUGGAGCACGACAGCCUCAUGCCGUCGGACGAGGCGAGCGAGACGUCGCACAAGACCUGGACGGCCUCGUCGCAGCGCAGCUCCCGGCACCUGGAGGACGAGUACGCGGACCCCUACCCGGACCUCUACCAGCCCCACCGGCACCACAACAGCGGGCUGCACGGCCCCGCCGGCCACGACUCGCAGGAUCGCCUGCUGGAGCGCGAGGCCGAGCGCAACCACAACGACAGGAACUGGCAGCGCAACCGGCCCUGGGCCAAGGACAGCUACUAG